AUGGCGGACGGAACGGGUUUACAUUUGGACCCUGCCUCCCUGACCCAUUUGAAGACCCUGAUAGAAAAUGGCGAACCCCUUGCUUGUACCGAUACAGAAUCACGAGAAAGUGAAGAUAUGUCUGCCUCGGAUUAUGAGGAGGGAUUGGAACUCAUACAACAAUUGAAAGAAUACAUUGAGGAAAAAGACAUUGAUGAAGCAAAUGCAACUCUUCAAAAAUUUGUAGCAUUGGAAUUAGACAUCAGACAUUUUCAACUCGACAUAUCUGAAACCAAAACAUCAUACAAAUCGAAAACAAACGAGACCAUUUUACACCACGCAGCGAAGUACGAUACUGGUGGAAUCGUCAGUGCUAUACUUGAUAAGUUUCCUACCUUGGUAUCAGAGAAAAAGUGGGGAGUGCAGUACGAGGGACAGACCGCGCUUCAUAUCGCUAUCACACGUGCCAACAAUGCUGCCAUAGACCUGAUAUUAAGAACAGCGAAAAAUGACGAUAUUGUUGCGGAAAAACCCCGGAGGCUGGAACAUUUACUAGCAACCGCGGCAACCGGAAGCAGAUUUGAAGGGACAGUAAUGAUGGGAGAAUUGCCUCUGUUUGUUGCUGCCCUGAAAUUUGACUUCGGCAUGGUGGACAAGCUGAUUGAAUUCGGAGCUAAUGUAUGCACAAGAAAUCAUAGUGGUGACACAAUAUUUCACUCCAUGAUUAGGUACCUGAGCAGAAAAAGGGACAAAGAGGAGGAAGUUAAAAGAAUGAUGAACCACCUAAAUGGUCACCUCCGAGAAAUCACCAAGAAGAAAAGGGAAGAAAUGGAAAAUGAGGAUAUUCGGCGGUUAGAAAAUUUAACUCCUUUGAAAUUGGCAGCGAAGCAUCAGCUGGUUCAUGUAUUUGAAUAUAUCCUGGAACUGAAGGAUGUUUAUUGCUUUCAGAACGAGGAUGAAGGUUUAUUUGACAUCAAAAAGUAUGAUGUUACUGAGAUAGAUUCCAUUGCUAACUACAACACAGAGAUGGAAGCCAUGGAAGACGAUGAACAGACGGCUGGAUGUUGUAACAGCUGCAGAGUCGUUUUUCCUGAAAAUGAGUCUGUCUUGGAAAUGAUGUUUGACAAGAAUUACACACGCAAAUUUUCUUCCAUUAUCAUAGAAAUGACACCAGUGAAGAAGUUGAUACAGAAAAAAUGGAAAAAUGUUGUCGCAUUGUAUUCUUUGUGGAUGCUCAUUCAGAUGGGACUCAUGAUAGGGCUUAGCAUUUACGCCGUAGAACGUUCCUACUGGCACGAAUCAGACAUAGAAAAUGGAGGCACAGGUUUAGGUAACUACUUCAAAAACAACGAAUCUCUACACUUGUUUCUCACCUCAUUCCAGUGGAUCGCAUUUAGCAUUGCAGUCUUCUACGUCAUCAUUGUCAUCCUCUGUGGUAUUUCGAAGUUAAAACGACCGAAUCUUGAUAGAUAUUACAUGCACAACCUUGAAUACAUUCUUCUGAUGUUGGUCUUUGCUUUGGCUGUAAUAGUGGACGUUUUGAUGACGCAAGCAAUUGGGCGACAUGAAGGGAUUUCGCUCAUCAUUGCGCUAUUCUCAGGGUGGUGGUUCAACGUAUUUUUUCUUCGUGGGUGGCAUCUCUUCAGCUUUUUCACGGUUAUGAUAAAGGAAGUAAUUUUUGGAGACUUUUUACGAUUUUCCGUUAUAAUUGCGUUUCAGUUGUUUGCAUUCACGACAUGUAUGCACACGAUGUUUCAAGGACAAGAUGUUCCCACUAUUGACGGCAGCGAAGACAACCACUUUGGCACCACACUCAUUACCAUGUUCAAUCUUAUGCUUGGUCUUGGAGAGAUCGAAUAUCUGUUCCAAGCUCGUGUUCAGUGGUUGGCUUUGACUCUCUUUAUUCUCUUUGUUCUACUCACGUAUGUCCUACUUCUUAACGCCCUGAUUGCCAUGAUGUCGUCUACCUGUGAGAACGUGCUUUCCGAGAAGUACUCCGUGUGGAGAAUCCAGCAGCUCUCUAUUAUCCUUUUCAUGGAGGAUCUUUUCCUUGUCACCUGUCUCCGACGUUUCACCGGAAGUCCGGCAACCAAGCGAGCACAAGACUUGUAUAAUCCAAUCGAAGACAUUACCAGCCAGAACCAAGAGCGCUACCUUCUCGACAUGAAGUCGCACAAGAGGACAUUUACUGAGGAGGACACCGAUGUGAUGAGGAAAAGAACGCAGGAAGAAAUAAGGAAAACUGUCAACCAAAAACUCAAACAAAACAUGGAAGAAUCUAUUUCGGGACCGAAAAAGGUUGAUGAACAGCCGUUAGUACAGAAUGAUUUUCUCAAAGAUGACAUCGAAGGACCAAGACUUAAGCUUUAUACACGUGAGUUUAAGGAAGAGCUCCCCAAAAUUCCUGAGGAUAACUCUACUCGUGCUCGGGUUAGCAAAUGGAUGGCUACCAUGCAGUGA